AACCUUUCAGUCUUCUGUCUAAGUGUUUCUAGUCGGACAAACAGUGAAGCCGGAAGUCGUGCUGGGUAAACUCACGUGUGCUUCAACAUGAAAAAUAACAAAAAACAAAAUGUGUCGAAAAACAAGAAGUUCAAGCCCGGAUCCAAGAAGAGAGAAAACAAAUGCAUCGUCACGUUUGACGACAAAGACAGACAGGAAUAUUUAACCGGUUUCCACAAGCGGAAGGUGGAGAGGAGGAAAGCAGCGGUGGCAGAGAUUCGUAAGAAAAUCAAGGACGAGCAGAUCCGAGUCAGAGAAGAAAGGCAUAAGGAAUACGUGAAGAUGCUGAAGGAGAGAGAAGAAGCUCUCGAGGCGGCUGAAGACGAUCUGGAAGAAACCAUAAUCAGCACGACGGAGUCCGUGCAGUACGACCACCCCAACCACACCGUCACCGUGACGACCAUCAGUGAUCUUGACCUCUCGGGGGCUCACCUGCUCGGACCUGCAGCAAACCAGGAGGAGGGCAAGGAUGAAGAAGAAGAAAAAGAAGAACAGGAGAAGACAAUUGCAAUGCCAAGAAAAGCCGGGAAUCCAAUCUUGAACAAGAAGAUCCGCUCCCUGACCGCGUCGCUCAGCACUUGCACCAGCAAGCGGAAGAGGAAAGGGAAGCAGGAAGGCCGAGGAGGACGAGGCCGUCCGACAGACAAGAGACACGGUGCCACAGAGGGUAAAAGCAGAGCCGGGAGGACCGGCAAGGUGCAGAGACGCCGGAAGACCGGGAAAAGGACGCACUAUCACGACUGAAGAAUAUAUAACGUAGGCUCCGAACUGUGUUGGAGCAUUUUCUAAAUGAACACAAGCUGACAAUGUUGGACCAUGUGCUCAGAAUCUGUACAUCUUUCAAAGCCGAACUGUUUUUGUAGUGUUGUUUAUUGAUUUUAUAUGAGCUGUACCUUUAAGUUUUCAUUAAAUUAAAGACUCGUCUUGCUAAUAAGUGA